UUCACUCGGUAAAACAGAAAUAGUGGUCACACGUGUGAGAGAUGGGAGAUAAGAGACAUUAUAAAAUCUCCAAUCAUUAGUGAAUGAUUUUUCAUUAUUUUCGUUGAACAAAGUCGAGUGAUAUCUAGUGAAUUGAUGGGCAUUUAAUUGAUCUUGGGAAAAUUCCGGAAAUUUGGUGGAAUUUUCAGGGUUCAGGGAUAACCUCAAAAUGUAUCAAGGGAAGAAAACCGGCAAUGAGAGCCCCAAAACUGUGUUUUGGUCGUCAAUGAUUUCCGGAGCAGCUGCUGGGGUGGUUUGUGACGUUGUCUUCUUCCCCAUGGACACUGUCAAAACGAGAUUGCAAAGUCAGCAUGGAUUUCAAAAAUCUGGGGGAUUUAAAAGUCUUUACAAAGGCCUGGGACCAGUAGUCGCUGGAUCAGCCCCAAUAGCUUCUCUGUUCUUCGUAACUUACGAGGGCUUCAAGGUUUUAGUUACUCCAAUGGUUGACGUCAAGUAUCACAGUUUCGUUCAUAUGGGAGCUGCUUCUUGUGCUGAAAUCAUAUCCUGCCUCGUUAAAGUACCUGUGGAAGUCCUCAAACAGAGGAGGCAGGCUCUCCUGGCCAAUGCCCAUCCAGUAUCCCUCGGUGUCAGAACACUUUAUAGAGGAUAUGGAAGUACUUUACUCAGGGAUUUGCCGUUUGGCUUUCUUCAAAUGCCCCUCUGGGAGUACCUGAAACUGUGCUGGAAGAGGAAAAAGGGAAGGGAGUGCACUCCUUUUGAAGGUGCCACUGCUGGAGCCCUGUCGGUGACUGUUUCUGCUGCUGUUACCACUCCCCUAGACGUUAUCAAAACGAGAAUAAUGCUGGCACAUCAGUCACAGAAAAGAGUAAAAAUCAUCUCAACGAUGAAAGAAGUUUAUAGGGAAAAAGGAUUGAGGGGAUUAUUCACUGGCUGCACAUUAAGAGCUGUUGGUUUUACUAUCGGAGGAUUUGUCUUCUUCGGAAUUUACGAACAAUCAAGAUACGCCUGCGCUACGUUAAUUUUCCCAGAGUCUUCUGUUAUUAAUUAAUCCAUUCUUUUUCACAUUAGAUCCACGCCCUUUAAUUCAAAUUCAAGGUGGUGUGGAAAUUUUAUUAAUCCCUUAGAUACAAUGGAGCACCAAAAAUAGAAAA